AGGUAUAAAGAACUGAAGGUAGUCUUUCCUGUCCAGAGAUGGAAAACAGCACCACCACGAUUUCUCGGGAGGAGCUGGAGGAGCUGCAGGAAGCCUUCAAUAAGAUAGACAUCGACAACAGCGGGUAUGUCAGCGACUACGAGCUCCAGGACCUGUUUAAGGAAGCAAGCCUCCCUCUGCCUGGCUACAAAGUGCGCGAGAUCGUGGAGAAAAUUCUAGCAGUUGCUGACAACAACAAAGACGGCAAAAUCAGUUUUGAAGAAUUUGUGUCUCUAAUGCAAGAGUUAAAAAGCAAAGACAUCAGCCAAACAUUCCGAAAAAUAAUUAACAAGAGGGAAGGGAUUACUGCCAUUGGAGGAACCUCGUCCAUCUCCAGUGAAGGCACACAGCACUCCUAUUCAGAGGAAGAAAAGGUGGCUUUUGUUAACUGGAUAAACAAGGCCCUGGAGAAUGACCCCGACUGUAAGCAUCUCAUACCCAUGAAUCCCAGCGACGGCAGUCUUUUCAAAUCCCUUGCAGAUGGCAUCCUUCUUUGCAAAAUGAUCAACUUAUCUGAACCAGAUACAAUUGAUGAAAGAGCCAUUAAUAAGAAAAAGCUCACCCCUUUCACUGUUUCUGAAAAUUUAAACCUUGCCCUGAAUUCUGCCUCGGCCAUUGGAUGUACAGUGGUCAACAUUGGUGCACAGGAUCUCAAGGAAGGAAAGCCUCACUUGGUCUUGGGACUUCUCUGGCAGAUCAUCAAAGUUGGUCUUUUUGCUGAUAUUGAGAUUUCCAGGAAUGAAGCCCUGAUUGCAUUGCUGAAUGACGGUGAGGAACUAGAGGAGCUGAUGAAGCUGUCUCCGGAGGAAUUACUGCUGCGGUGGGUGAACUACCAUUUGACCAAUGCUGGAUGGCACACUAUCAGCAACUUCAGCCAAGACAUUAAGGAUUCAAGAGCCUAUUUUCACCUGCUUAAUCAGAUUGCACCUAAAGGUGACCGGGAUGAUGGGCCUGCCAUUGCGAUUGAUCUUUCGGGAUUUAAUGAGAAAAAUGACCUGAAGCGUGCUGGGUUCAUGCUUCAAGAAGCAGAUAAACUGGGCUGCAGACAGUUUGUUACUCCUGCAGACGUGGUUUCGGGCAACCCUAAACUUAACUUAGCCUUCGUAGCUAAUCUGUUUAACACAUACCCAUGCCUACACAAGCCUGAUAAUAAUGACAUCGAUAUGAAUUUGCUGGAAGGAGAGAGCAAGGAAGAAAGGACAUUUCGAAACUGGAUGAACUCCUUGGGGGUCAACCCAUACAUCAAUCAUUUGUACAGUGAUCUCGCGGAUGCCCUGGUGAUCUUUCAGCUCUACGAAAUGAUCCGCGUGCCCGUCAACUGGAGCCAUGUCAACAAGCCUCCUUACCCUGCCCUCGGAGGGAACAUGAAGAAGAUUGAAAACUGUAACUAUGCAGUGGAGCUUGGGAAGAAUAAGGCCAAGUUCUCCCUGGUGGGCAUUGCUGGGCAGGACCUAAACGAAGGGAACGCCACGCUGACGCUGGCCCUGGUGUGGCAGCUCAUGAGGAGGUACACAUUGAAUGUGUUAUCAGAUCUUGGAGAAGGUGAAAAAGUCAGUGAUGACAUUAUAAUUAAAUGGGUCAAUCAGACUCUUAAAAGUGCAAACAAAAACACUUCUAUUUCCAGCUUCAAGGACAAAUCUAUUAGCACUAGUUUACCUGUCCUGGAUUUAAUAGAUGCCAUUGCACCAAAUGCAGUUCGUCAAGAAAUGGUAAAGAGAGAAGACUUCUCUGACGAGGACAAGCUGAACAACGCUAAAUACGCCAUUUCAGUUGCUCGAAAGAUCGGUGCCCGGAUAUACGCCUUACCUGAUGACCUGGUAGAAGUGAAACCGAAGAUGGUCAUGACGGUGUUUGCAUGCUUGAUGGGAAAGGGGCUGAACAGAAUAAAAUAAACAUUUAAUACGAUUUUCUGCCACGUUAAACACAUGGAAUUGCCUCACAGUUUACAGAAUUCUGAAAUGUAGUGGGUAUAAAACCAGAGAUUAUCUAUAUGCUCAAAACAGUUGUAAAAUUCACUAAUGAAUUCAUUAUCCUGUUCAUACUAGUUAGAGUUUGUCGACCUCUUUGAAUAACAAUUACUUUACUAGUAGAUACUGGUAAUAGAAUGUGUUCAUCAUCACGCUGAUAUUUCAUGAUUAUUUUCAUUUCCUGAAGGUCUCAUUGGAACAAGACUAAUUUAUUCUUUUUCAUGGUUCAAAAAGAGAUCAAUACAAAUUUUUUUGCAAGUCCUACUGUGAAAUGUGUUUUGAUUUGUGUGUGUGUUAAUUUUGAUCAUAAAUGCAUUCAAAAUCAUAGUCCAGUUUAAUCACUUUGUUUUUCCCCUUCUAUGUGCAGUGGUCUAAACUCUAACUUUUUUGUAAAUUUCUAUAUUGUCUAAAACUUUUAAGUGACAAGUAUUGUUCUAGUAACAUUAAAUUUUUUACAUAUGAGAACUAAUUCCUGAGUAACCCCCAAAGUUCAUUCUCUUAUGUAAGAAGCCAGAGCUCUUUACUUAAAACUUAAUUUUAACUGAAUUGAUACUUUAUAUAUGCUAGUUUAGUAAUGACAGGCAGCAUAUAUAUGUUGGUAGGAUGGUAUUAGAGAACUGUGUGUAUAUAUAUUUUGCAUCUGAAUUACAUGGUUUUUCUUAAAUGGUAUGUACAAUUGGUAAGUCAGCCAACCAUUAAGUAUUUAUUGUGCCCCACUGUGUGUACUUUUCAGUUUGUAGAUAUUUGGUACAUGAAAAGUUCUUUUAGAAAUAUUCAUUUUUGAUGUGCAUAUGGUUAUUUUUGAUUGACUUCUUCCAAAUACUUAUAGCCAAACAUUGGCUAGAGAAUUUCAGGACAUGUUGACCCUAUAAUGUUAGCUUCAUGUUACAGAUGCUAAUUUUGAUCUAUACUGAAGCCCUAAAUAAUUUAGAACAUGCCCACUGAAUUUCUUUAGCAGAAAGUAACACAAAGCUGCUAUUUGACAUGGAGCAUUUUAACGUGUUUUCCACAGCCUCCUACAAGUUGGCAAUGUUUGGCUAAUGCUUGUAACUUAGGAACAGCUAAGCUUGAGACCUAUUUUUGUCUGAAUUUUUAGGAGUAGAGAGAUUCUUUGAUAACAACUGAAUUCAGAAAUCUAUUUUCUUCAUCUCCCACUGUUAGUGCCAGUGAAACUGCUGUGCAACAAAAAUGCUGUCACUUUAUGUCAGUGUGAAUGACAAGUGUAACUUUCCUUUAUGCCGUUGAUUAAAAUUUACAUGUUGGUAAGAGUGAGACUGCUCAUGUGUUUAUAAUUUUUAACUGAAAUUAUCAACAGGUGGAACUAUGAAGUAUAUUCUUGUACAAGAUAGAUUUAUGUUCCUUUUAUAUUUUGAAGAUUGUUUUCUUAUAUGACAAAGAUAUGUUCUUACUCUUUUGUGAGAUUUAAGUGAUGUUUCCCCCUUUGAUCUUUUUCACUGUUAUAUUUACUAAAUUAUCUGAUUUACAUGAAAUUUAGCACUUUAGCAUGUUCUUUUUCUCACAAAGUAUAUUUAAUAAAAAUUCUGUGUAUGUA